ACCAUCUUUGUCCCUGGCAAACUGGGUUUUGCGCAGUGGCUUAGAUCUAGAAAGAAUCGUGACGACGGGGAGGAAACCAUUACACCACCACCCGGGCUGUGCUCUCCGGCUGCCGACGCCACCCCGCCCUUGCCUCCGGUACACUCUAAAGAUCCAGAAUCAUGACUGACUCCAAGUACUUCACAACCAAUAAGAAGGGAGAAAUCUUCGAGUUAAAAGCUGAACUCAACAAUGAAAAGAAAGAAAAGAGGAAGGAGGCUGUGAAGAAGGUGAUUGCUGCCAUGACCGUGGGGAAGGAUGUCAGCUCUCUCUUCCCAGAUGUGGUGAACUGUAUGCAGACUGACAACCUGGAACUAAAGAAGCUUGUGUACCUCUAUCUGAUGAACUAUGCCAAGAGUCAGCCAGACAUGGCCAUCAUGGCUGUCAACAGCUUUGUGAAGGAUUGUGAAGAUCCUAAUCCUUUGAUUCGAGCUUUGGCAGUUAGAACAAUGGGGUGCAUCCGGGUGGACAAGAUUACAGAAUAUCUCUGUGAACCCCUCCGCAAGUGCUUGAAGGAUGAAGACCCCUAUGUUCGGAAAACAGCAGCAGUGUGUGUGGCAAAACUCCAUGAUAUCAAUGCCCAGAUGGUGGAAGAUCAGGGAUUUCUGGAUUCUCUACGGGAUCUCAUAGCAGAUUCAAAUCCAAUGGUGGUGGCUAAUGCUGUAGCAGCAUUGUCUGAGAUCAGUGAAUCUCACCCAAACAGCAAUUUACUUGAUCUGAACCCUCAGAAUAUCAAUAAGCUGCUCACAGCCCUGAAUGAGUGCACAGAAUGGGGCCAGAUUUUCAUCCUGGACUGCCUGUCUAAUUACAACCCUAAAGAUGACCGAGAAGCUCAGAGCAUCUGUGAGCGAGUAACUCCUCGGCUAUCCCAUGCCAACUCUGCAGUGGUGCUUUCAGCAGUUAAAGUUCUAAUGAAGUUCCUAGAACUGUUACCCAAGGACUCUGACUACUACAAUAUGCUGCUGAAGAAGUUAGCACCUCCACUGGUCACUCUGCUAUCUGGGGAGCCAGAAGUGCAGUAUGUCGCCCUGAGGAACAUCAAUCUAAUUGUCCAGAAAAGGCCUGAAAUCUUGAAGCAGGAAAUCAAAGUCUUCUUUGUGAAGUACAAUGAUCCUAUCUAUGUUAAACUAGAGAAAUUGGACAUCAUGAUUCGUCUUGCAUCCCAAGCCAACAUUGCUCAGGUCCUGGCAGAGCUAAAGGAAUAUGCCACUGAGGUCGACGUGGACUUUGUUCGCAAAGCCGUGAGGGCCAUUGGCCGGUGUGCCAUCAAAGUGGAGCAAUCAGCAGAACGCUGUGUAAGCACAUUGCUUGAUCUAAUCCAGACCAAAGUGAAUUAUGUGGUCCAAGAGGCAAUUGUUGUCAUCAGGGACAUCUUCCGCAAAUACCCCAACAAGUAUGAAAGUAUCAUUGCCACUCUCUGUGAGAACUUGGACUCCCUGGAUGAGCCCGAUGCUCGAGCAGCUAUGAUUUGGAUUGUAGGAGAAUAUGCCGAAAGAAUCGAUAAUGCGGAUGAAUUACUAGAGAGCUUCCUGGAGGGCUUUCAUGAUGAAAGUACCCAGGUGCAGCUCACGCUGCUUACCGCCAUAGUGAAGCUGUUUCUCAAGAAGCCAUCAGAAACACAGGAGCUGGUCCAACAGGUCUUGAGCUUGGCCACACAGGAUUCUGAUAACCCUGACCUUCGAGAUCGGGGUUAUAUUUAUUGGCGCCUUCUUUCAACUGACCCUGUGACAGCCAAAGAAGUAGUGUUGUCUGAGAAGCCGUUGAUCUCUGAAGAGACAGACCUCAUUGAGCCUACCCUCCUGGAUGAGCUCAUCUGCCACAUUGGUUCUUUGGCCUCCGUGUACCAUAAACCUCCAAAUGCUUUUGUGGAAGGGAGUCAUGGGAUUCAUCGCAAACACCUGCCAAUCCAUCAUGGGAGCACUGAUGCAGGUGAUAGUCCUGUGGGCACCACCACUGCAACCAACCUGGAGCAGCCUCAGGUUAUCCCCUCUCAAGGGGACCUUCUGGGGGAUCUCUUAAAUCUUGACCUGGGUCCCCCAGUGAAUGUGCCGCAAGUGUCCUCCAUGCAGAUGGGAGCUGUGGAUCUUUUGGGAGGAGGACUGGAUAGCCUGCUUGGCAGUGACCUUGGCGGGGGCAUUGGAGGAAGUCCGGCAGUAGGACAGUCCUUCAUCCCAUCAUCGGUGCCCGCAACCUUCGCUCCUUCACCUACUCCUGCUGUGGUCAGCAGCGGUUUGAACGACCUGUUUGAGCUUUCCACGGGGAUAGGCAUGGCGCCUGGCGGAUAUGUGGCUCCUAAGGCGGUCUGGCUACCUGCAGUAAAGGCUAAAGGCUUGGAGAUCUCAGGCACGUUCACUCACCGCCAAGGGCACAUCUAUAUGGAAAUGAACUUCACCAACAAAGCUCUGCAGCACAUGACGGACUUUGCCAUCCAGUUCAACAAGAAUAGUUUUGGUGUCAUCCCAAGCACUCCCUUGGCCAUCCAUACUCCACUGAUGCCAAACCAGAGCAUUGAUGUCUCUCUGCCUCUCAACACCUUGGGCCCAGUCAUGAAGAUGGAACCUCUGAACAACUUGCAGGUGGCUGUUAAAAACAAUAUUGAUGUCUUCUACUUCAGUUGCCUCAUCCCACUCAAUGUGCUUUUUGUAGAAGAUGGCAAAAUGGAGCGCCAGGUCUUCCUUGCGACUUGGAAGGAUAUUCCCAAUGAAAAUGAACUUCAGUUUCAGAUUAAGGAAUGCCAUUUAAAUGCUGACACAGUUUCCAGCAAGCUGCAAAACAACAAUGUUUACACGAUUGCCAAGAGGAAUGUGGAAGGGCAAGACAUGCUGUACCAGUCCCUGAAGCUUACUAAUGGCAUUUGGAUUUUGGCCGAGCUACGGAUCCAGCCAGGAAACCCCAAUUAUACGCUGUCGCUGAAGUGUAGAGCCCCUGAAGUCUCUCAGUACAUCUAUCAGGUCUACGACAGCAUUUUGAAAAACUAAUAAACGGGUCCUGUACCCUCCAGCCACCCUGUAAUCGGUGCAAGCCAAGAACUCGUAACUGAAGGAAGUCGUACUGCUGUGUAGAGCCUGAACACUGCGCCACCCACCCCGGUAGUGACCAGUCACCCUGUGCUGACAUUAGCAUUCACCCCGUUGGAUAGGUUAGCUUCCUGUGACACGUGUGACCACUGCUUCCAUCAUUCCCCACCUCUGCCACCUGCCGCUGCCCUCAGGCCUUCCUCAUGAGCUUCUCCAUGCUGUGCCAAUGGCUAGCUUUUUCUACACCCUCUUUUGAGUGUAGUUUGAUAUUUUGUAAUCAGAAGCUCAUUUCACAAGCAGAAAAAGGCAACAAGUUAAUUAAAGCAAGGAAAAGUGUCGCUGAAACAUAAACUGCACCUUAUUGUUUUAUAUUUUUGUACAGAUGAGAAAUUGAGGUAGAACAGUGAGUUGAAAGGGUUAAGUGACAUCAUCAAACACAGUCUUAGGGGAGAUACAGGUACGGCCCCUAGCCCCUUCUUGGGAGGGGGGUUCUCUUGUCUGUGGCAACCCUGCUCCUGAUCAUUUGCGUUUUCACUUUUCCCCUCUAUCCAGUCUUUCCUUGGCCAGGCCUUCAGGCUCCUUUAUGUCCCAUGCUGUCUCGUUUGGUGACUCUGUGCUUGACAGUGGUGGUCUUCAUUGAUGUUUCCAAGUGCAGGACACUGGGCCUGUAGGCACAAAGCUGAGAGAUGGUAGAGCUCUGUUCCUUUGCACUGCACUACCCCAGUAAUCCCACUGACUGAGGAAGAUGAGGAGAGAUGUUAAGAACUCCAGUGCCCUCCCUAGUCUUCUUCCCUCUGUUCCUCAGGGCCAAUUCAGAUCUAAAGUCAGAGUUUUAGAGUUAAAAUAGACUUUAAUGGCUUAUCCAACCUUGUUUUUCUACAAAGAAAGGUAACAGGCAAAGAGUUUAUUAUUGCCGAAGCCUCUUGGCUCUUGAGUAGCAGAGCUGAGGCUGGUUCCCUGAAACUCCACCAGCUUCCCCGUAUGGCUGGCUCAUUGUUCUCAUCCUCGAAGCCCUGCCUCUCCUGUGCCCACCUUGGCUCUUUGCAUACUCCAUGCUGAGUUUGGUGCUCUCCCAUUCGUUGGUGUCAGGUGGCCGUUGGCAUCUUCUCAGUUACCUGAAUGUACAUGCAGGUAACAGAGUGAAAGGGAGCUAACCUUUGCCGGGCUCUCUUAGAGCCACAUUCUGGAGGCCAGCCAGGGAGGGUAGAGAUGUUGCCAGUUCUCAUUGUCCCCCAGCUCUCUGAUCUGCUCUUCAUCCAUGGUACUCAAGCUCCAAAGCAAAGUAAGAUCAUCCCAGAAGUCCAGGUAGUUCUUGUCAUCUCUCAAAGGGCUGGGGAUGUGAAGUCCUCUCCCUUAACACAUUGGUGUGAUUCAUCAAAGAAUGCCUCAUACCCACUCCCCUGCUCAGUACUGUUGACACUGUUUGAGGUGGUACAGCCUGGUACCUGGCAUUCAGGCUCCAUUCAGAGUUCCCUGCUCAAGUCAGAAGAAUGCCAGUAUCCAGAGACCUCAUGCUGGACUCAGCCCUACCCACUGGAUCCAGAGGAGAGGUUGUGGAAAAUCAGAGCAGAGAACAACUUCCUUCAGCCGUGUGUCUGGAAUGAUCCUGUUUCCUCCCAGUUGCAAAGCUUCUCAAGUUCCAUAAGCCUCGAGAAUCUUUAAGAGGAUUGCUGGCUGGUGGAAGGGAAAUACAUCCCUCCCUCACCAUGUGGGGAAUAGGAAAUACUGCAGGGUUGUGUGGGAGGCAGGUAGGUUGGUGAUACGUUGGGUGGAAAAGCAAGUUGACAAAAUUCCCUUGUUGAGACUCAUUCAUGGAGUCAGUUGGGGAUGAGUAGUGUAAGGGGUUCACACUACAAACACAGUUUUCUCAUCUCAAAGCAAACUGUAGUUCCCAAAAGAAGAGUAUGUGUCAGGGCAAGCAGAGAGAAUAAUUGAUGCCAGAAUGUGUCUACCCCUGAAACUGAGGCCUCUCAGCUUCGCCAGUGAUGGGUAACAGCUGCUGUUCUCUGCUGGCCUAACUGAGCCGAUCCGUGAUGUCUGACCCCAUGGGGAAGGCACCUCUCAUUUCACCCCAGGCAGUUGCGUGGGGGGGGAUGCUGCUUCACAUGAAGGGGCUCUCCAGAAGAGACAGUGUUGCCUCUGCCACAGCUUCCCUUCGGGCCCCUUUCAAACUUGACCAGAUUGGGAGAACAGGGGUCAGGUUCCCCUGUGUCCGCUCUCCUCGGCCUAAGUGUGUCUCUGAUGCACGCUGGAGUAUAGAGGGUAGGAGAGCGAACGCACCAGAGCUCUUUCGGGUCAGAUUCCCUGAGUGUGUCCUCAGCCAAGCCUGGUCCAUGUGUCUGUGUUGUGAAGCUUGGGACCAUGGAGCCAGGUGUGAGGGUAAAGAUUGCCCUAAGAAUGCUUAUUCUUCUGUUCUUGUUGGGAUCUGUUCGUGGGGGGAUGGGGGGAUGGGGAGAAACUUUACCUUGUGUAUUCAUCAAUAAACUCAUUUACACAAAAUAAA